AUGGCCAACUUUGAACCUCUUGGAGCAGUCAGAAGGAUACCUGGCAGUGCACAAGAUGAUGAUGCAGCUCCGUCGACGUUGAAUCCGUCUACUUUUGUGGGUAAGUAAGGUUACUUGUUAAUGAAAAAUUUCUUCAGUACAGUUGUUUAUUGUUAAUUUGGAAUAUUAUAUAAUGACUUUUUUGUUAAAUUAACGUUUUUUAUUUUAAUGUGAUAAUUUAGACGCCAUGGGUAGACCUAUAACACAAGCAGCAGUUAGUGGAGCUUGUUCAAAAUGUGGAUUCGCUGGUCAUUUACCUUAUCAAUGUCGAAACUUACUUCCAGUUGAAGUUGAUGGUGUUAACAAACGAGCAGUAGAUAAUGCAUCACCAUCAUCAUCAGAAAAAGCUUCAAGCGAUGAAAGCCCAGACAAAAAAGAGGGUAACAUAAAUAUUAUUUGUUUUGUACACAUUAUAAUAUGCAAAACGAUAAUGGUAAUUCAAAUAAGGAUUUAUUUAAAUAGUCAAUAUAAGUUUAAAAGUUUUUUUUACAUUAAUAUUUUCCAGACAAGAAACUAAAGAAGCUAUCAGUUAAGAAACUAAAGAAACAGCUGAAGAAGUUGAAGAAAAAGAACAAGAAACGUAAGCGAAAACACUCUUCGUCAUCGGAUUCUGAAUCCAAAGAAGAGAAACCUCGAAAAUCCAAAAAAUCAAAGAAAAGACAUUUGAAAAAGUCGAAAAAAGAGUCGUCGUCAUCCAGUAGUGACUCUGAUUGA